AUGACUAUUUUACCCACAAAAAGGCCGUCGGCGAACGUAGAAGAAAAAACCGAUCAAAACCAGCAAAAUGGAACUGCGGAACGAACCACUCGCAGAAGAGACGAAAUUAGUUCACUGCAAAUAGGAUCAUUGACAGAAAGUAAUUCUCCUUCAAGGAGGUCCCCUUUCACCUAUUGUAGCAAAUCGCCUUCAGACAGGAAGGACAGAUUGAGAAAACACUACAAGGAAACUGAGCGUAGAAGAGAUAGAGAGCGAGAGAGGGAGCAAAAACGCGAAGUGCGAAGGGAGCAAAAGAGGGACAGAAACGCCAAAAGGGAAAAUGUAAAUGAUCCUCUGCAUGACACUGCAAGCACGUCAACGGCUGUGCCAGCUGCUGUAGAGGCAACUUCGAACAACAACGAAGUAGUCAAGAAGGAAGACUGUACCGGCUUUAAUAGUGAAGAUGAAUAUGAUGAGAGAAUCAUUAAAGACAGGCAUCUCACCGACGAGGAGUGGCAAAAACGCGACGAUUUUUUCUCGAGGUGUAUGUCGAAUUUGGGCUACGAAAUCAAGAAUAUUAACGAGGAUGGCGCGUGUUUGUUCAGAUCUAUCGCCGAUCAGGUUUAUGGAGAUCAGGAUUUUCAUUUUCAAGUCAGGCAGGACUGCAUGAACUACAUUGUUCAAAAUCGCGACUAUUUCGAGCCGUAUGUGACUGAAGACUUCGAUAAAUAUGUGGCAAGGAAGAAGCAGUGGAAUGUGCACGGCAACCAUUUAGAAAUCCAGGCAAUGAGCGAGCUCUACAACCGCACCAUAGAGGUGUAUUGCUAUCAACUUGAGCCAAUCAACAUAUUCAACUGUUCAAGAAUUAUCAAUACAUACGAGCCCAUUCGGCUGUCAUAUCACAGAAUGUGUCACUAUAACUCUAUAAGCAACCCGAAUAAACCGUCGGUAGGAGUUGGCUUGGGUUUGCCGAACUACAAACCCGAUCCAAUUGAUCGCAGACGGUUUAACGACGCAGUCAGAGCCAGUGAGGAACUGCUCAUUGAACAAACCAUGCUCGAAGACAAAAUCAAGGCUACCGACUGGGAGGCGACCAAUGAGGCGAUAGAGGAGCAGGUCGCGCGCGAAUCGUACAUCCAGUAUUUCAGGGAUAAGGAGAACCGCCUUAAGGCGGAGGGUCAUUCUCUGGCUAGCGGAAGCAGCAGCACCAUAACCUCGUCGAUGGUGGCGAGUCCGCGAACUUCCCGACGGGGUUCUGUGUCGCCUAAAAGCUGCCCGUCGCCCAAAGGCGGCUCUUCCUCGCCGAAAUGCUCCUUUUCGCCGCUCGCAAACCCAGAUCCUAUUUUGGAAACUCCUCCGGUUUAUGUCCCAACUGAAGAAGAAAGCGCGUUCGCCAAAAGGGUCUACAAUUCCCCCCGUCGCAUUGAACAAAACGAAUCUGAAAUUGUCACAGAACAAGCUGGACCUUCUAGGCUGGACACUUCUAUAGGUCUUGAAGACUUCGAUCAAGAAAUAAUGGCUCAGGUUUUGGCUGAAUCUCAAAAAACCUACUUAGAUGAGCUAAAACAUAAAUCUAAAAAGCGCUUUGGCUCCCCGGGACCAUCAACCUCAUCAUAA